CGGGAGGAAGGGCCCACAUGUAAGUGACCCGAUGCAGUACUGCGUAUCUUCCCCCGCCUUGUUCCCAGUGCGCAGCGAUGGCGGCGUCCCUCCGGCGGCGGUGCUCGCGUUCGCCGUCGUUCCGUUCCAGGUGCGGUCGCCGUCCUCGCUCCCGUCAGGUGUCGCCCCCAUCCGAUUUGCGCCCGCCGCCCACGCCCCCGUCCGACCCGCGCCCGCCAGGCCCGGCGUCUCCCCAGGUCCAAUCAUGGCCGCCGCCCCCCGUCUCUCAUCCGCCGCCACUAGCGUUCCAGUCAGCAGCAACCGCCCCGGUCGUCCCUCCCUCCCCACGCCCCUCCUCGCCCCCACUACAUUUUCUCUUCCAAUCGCUACGAUUGGAUUCAAGAAAUUGGUUAGAACUGUUCACCGCCUACCAUGGGUGGGUCGAGCUCGAUCUCUCCAACAGGCUUCGAUGCUUUGCUCCCAACCACGACACGGUGUAAAGUCAGAGAUCUGGUUCCUGUCCAUGGACCAUAUGCACAGAGUAUGCUUGAGGUAAUGCAUGCAAGAGAAGCAUAUAUACCUUGCUGUGGACAUGGGCAAAGCCACAGCAUCUGGUUCCGUCCCAGCCUUCCAGGCCAUGUGCUUAUGCCAACAAUUCAAGCAUAUAUAGACUCUGUUAUUGCUAAUUGUCUGGGUGUACCAGCAUCGACGCUGCCACAAAUCCACCGAGAAACACAGCGAGCCAAGCUAUGGAGGCGACUGCACUGAGCGUGGGCAAGUCCGUGCUGGAUGGAGCGCUUGGCUACGCCAAGUCCGCGUUCGCGGAGGAGGUGGCCUUGCAGCUCGGUGUCCAGCAAGACCAUGCGUUCGUGGCGGAUGAGCUUGAGAUGAUGCAGUCUUUCAUGAUGGAGGCACAUGAGGAGCGAGACAAGAGCAAGGUGGUCAAGACCUGGGUGAAGCAGGUUCGUGACACGGCCUACGACGUCGAGGAUAGUCUCCAGGACUUUGCAGUUCGUCUGCAGAGGCCAUCCUGGUGGCGUUUUCCUCGCACGCUGCUGGAGCGGCGCCGUGUGGCCAAGCGGAUGAAGGAGCUCAGGGCCAAGGUCGAGGAUGUGAGCCAGAGGAAUGUGCGCUACCGCCUCAUCAAAGGCUCUGGCUCCAAUGCUACCGCCAUGGCUGGGCAAGCCAACCUUAUUGCUGCAGCCAUAUUCGGAGUUGAAGAAGCAAGGCGAGCCGCAAAGCACGAGAAUCAGAGAGUCGAUCUCGUGCAACUGAUUAGCAAGGAUGACAAGGAUCUUAGAGUGAUUGCUGUAUGGGGAACAAGUGGUGACAUCGGCCAAACGACGAUCAUCAGGGAAGCUUACGCGAAUCCAGACGUCCAAAGCAAAUUUCCAGGCCGAGCAUGGGUGAGGGUGAUGCACCCUUUCAGCCCAAAAGACUUUGUCCAGAGCUUGGUGAAUCAGUUUCAAGCAGCCGAAGGAGUUGAAAAUCUGUUGGAGACAGAGAAGACAGCAACAGAAUUAACUCAGGAAUUCAAUAGAUUUGUUAAUGAGAAGAGGUGUCUAAUUGUGCUUAAUGACAUCUCAACUAUCGAAGAGUGGGAUCGGAUUAAAAAAUGUUUCCGAAAUAAAAGGAAUGGAAGCCGUAUUGUAGUAUCAACAUCGCAAGUUGAAGUAGCAAGCUUAUGUGCAGGGCAAGAAAGCCAAGCUUCGGAGUUGAAGCAAUUGUCUGAAGAUCAAACCCUUUAUGCAUUCUACAACAAGGGUUCUCAAACUGAAAAGGAUUCAGCGAAGCCAGCGUCCACCUUAGCUACGGCCACUAGCAGUACAAACGACCAUGCAGUGUCCCUUGAUGAGAUAACAGAGGAUGAAUCUAAGGAUGCUGAUGGAAACAAGGUGGACGCAAAGAGUCUAACUCGGAUCAGGACGAGAAAGGAUCCAGUGAAGCCUUCGUCUAGCUCAGAUACAGCCACUAGCAGUACAAUUGACCAUGCAGUGGCCCUUGGGGAGACAAAAGAGGAUGAAUCUAAGGAUGCUGAUGGAAAGAAUGUGGUCACAAAGAGUCUAACUCGCAUCAGGACGGGUGUUGGUGCGGAGGAAUCUCAACUUAUUGGGCGACAGAGAGAAAUACUUGAAGUUGUAGAGUUAAUUUCAAACAAGGACAGCCAACGGAGUCAGGUGAUCUCUGUGUGGGGAAUGGGUGGCCUUGGAAAAACCACUCUAGUCAAUGGAGUAUAUUAUAGCCCAAAGUUGAGUGACAAGUUUGAGAAGCGUGUUUUUGUCACAAUCAUGCGUCCUUUCGAUCCUUCUGAGCAUCUUAGGAGGUUGAUUGUGGGACUACAUGAGGGAUCUUCUACGAAGGAGGAAUUGCUGGGCAAUAGUGUCAGCAACACAAAAAAGCAACUUGCAUUGAAGAGUGUUGAGGAAUUGACUAAGGAGGUGGCAAAACUUUUAGAAACGAAGAGUUGCUUGAUUGUUCUGGAUGAUUUGUCAUCUACUACAGAAUGGGACCUGAUAAUACCAGAUUUCCCUCAGCAGAUGCAAACCAAAAUUAUUGUGACUACAAGGGAACAAAAGAUUGCAGAGCAUUGCACAGGAUCAGGGAAACACGGAACCGUACAUAAUCUUAAAGUUCUAGAACCUGAGGACGCAAUUCACCUCUUCAACAGAAAGGUAUUUGGCGACACUAGAGAUUUGGUUGACCAGGAAAAUCCAGAGUUGAUCAAAGAAAGGAAACAAAUACUAAAGAAGUGUGACGGACUUCCCCUUGCAAUUGUAGUCAUAGGCGGCUUCUUGGCAAACCGACCAAAGACUGGAGCCGAGUGGAGAAAAUUGAAUGAGAAUAUCAGUGCCGAGUUGGAGAUGAAUCCAGAGCUUGGGAUGAUAAGAACAGUCCUUGGAAAAAGUUAUGACGGUUUACCCUAUGAACUCAAGUCUUGUUUCUUAUAUCUGUCCAUCUUUCCUGAAGACCACACCAUUAGUCAGAGACGUUUGGUGCGUCGAUGGGCAGUGGAAGGUUACUCAAGCGAGAGACGUGGGAAGUCCUCCAAUGCAAUUGCUGAAACCUACUUCAUAGAACUCAAAAACAGAAGCAUGAUUUUACCAUCUCAGCAAUCAGUUUACAGUAGAAAAUCAAUUGACUCUUGCAAAGUCCAUGAUCUUAUCCGUGACAUCGCCAUCUCAAAGUCAAUGGAGGAAAACCUUGUUUUCAGAUUAGAGGAAGGUUGUGCCUUAAGUAACCAUGGCACAAUUCGUCAUCUUUCUAUAAGCAGCAACUGGAAAGGAGAUCAAAGUGAGUUCGAGAGCAUAGUUGACCUAUCUCGAAUACGAUCGUUAUCUGUGUUUGGCAGGUGUAAGCCAUUUUACAUUUCUGACAAGAUGAUGUUUCUACGAGUACUUGACUUAGAAGGCACAAUUGGUCUAGAGUACCAUCACCUCGAUAAUAUUUGGAAGCUUCUUCACCUGAAAUACCUUUCUCUACGAGAUUGCGAUGAUAUUGAUCUACUGCCAGAUUCAUUGGGCAAUCUGAGGCAACUCCAAGUGCUAGACGUCAGAGGUACCAGGGUAAAUGCUCUGCCAAAAACCAUUAUCCACCUUCGGAAGCUACAGUUCAUCCAUGCUGGUUGGCAAUCAGAUUAUGUAAACCAAGAGAAGGACAGUUUAAUGUCGAGGUGUCUUGCAGGGGCGUGUAUAUGUGCAAUAUGCUGCUUACCUAUUCUUUAUGAAAUUGAUGGCCCUUUCCAUAAGGCCGUCACCAGGCGUGAUGCAUGCACUUUCGCUUGCUGCGUGGCAUUCCCUGCUCUCAUGACCGGAGUAUAUGAAGAAAAAGGCGCUACAGUACCAAGGGGAAUCAGAAAACUGAAAGACUUGCAGACAUUGAGAGAAGUGAAUGUCGGAAGGGGAAGCGCCGUUCUACAGGACAUCAAAAUGCUCACGGGAUUGCGCAAGUUAGGAGUCACUGGAAUCAACAAGAAGAAUGGCCCGGCAUUUCGCUUAGCCAUUUCCAAUCUCAGCAGGCUAGAAUCACUCUCGGUGAGUUCGGCAGGGAAGCCAGGUUUGCGUGGCUGCUUGGAUGGAGUAUCCUCACCCCUCGAAAACCUGCAAAGCCUCAAGCUGUACGGCAAUCUGGAAAAGUUGCCGGAAUGGAUCAAGGAGCUCCCACAUCUCGUGAAGCUGAAACUAUCGGGCACUAGGCUAUUGGAGCACGAUGCUGCUAUGGAACUCCUUGGGAAACUGCCGAAGUUGGAAAUUCUAGUUCUGUCUUGGUCAUCGUUUCAGGGUGAGGAACUUGCUUUCAAAUCUCUGCAGGCUGGAAUAGCUUUCGAAAGCCUUAGGGUGCUCCGCCUUGCAGGUAUAACCAACGUCAAAUCCUUAAAGUUUGAAGAAGGGGUAAUGCCUAAACUCGAGCGGCUGCAGGUCAGUGGGGCACUAUAUAAUGAAAUAGACUUUUCUGGGUUAGAAUUUCUCGCAAGCAUCAACGAAGUCCAGCUCCGUGUUAGCUUUCUCUGGGAUCGGGAAAGGAUAGAAGCAGCUCUUGAUUCUGGGACCAGCUGGGACAAGAUAGAGGAGGAAGAAAGACAGGAACAUGCGCUCAAGGAAGGUGAACUCAAGAAGAAAAUCCAGGACCAGCUCGCUCGGAAUGCAAACGAACCCAUCUUGACGGUUCGAUCAUUGGUACCAGGCUGGAGAUCAUCGGGCUGCCUGGUGGGUUCAAUUUGCUUGGUACGUGUGCCCAUGCCGCCAUUCCCUGGUGCGGUAGCUCCUACUACUACUCUCCCAGGGCGCGUGGUUGUUGUUUAUCCAUGUGGUUCAAUUGUUUGGCGGUGCACGUGUCUGUGCCUGCAGGUGGUUACAAAUCCACACUUCAACCUGUGUUUCCUACUUACUUUCUGCUCUAUUAUGAAGAUGUUUUCCGCAUGACAAGAAUCCAAUGAUAUAUAUUAUCUGUAUGGCCCAUUCAAUUACUGGUUUGUAAAUUAGUGGACAAAGUUCAUUUCCUUCUGUUGUUAACAUACACGUUCACAUUAUCAUGGUUUGUAUUUUUUUGGUUGAUAAUAAGGAGAUUAUACUGCUACUUUCA